AUGCUGCAGUCUGCUCGAGUGCAGAACCUGUCCCUCGGGACAAACGAGGCGAUCCACACUGCUCCCAAGGCGGAGUCUAUAGCCCCCUCGUUGACCUACUCGGACGAAUCAGACGACCAAGAUGAGCCCAUUCGGGCUGAGCAGCCUCGUCAAAGACGCGCUUCAACGAGAUUGAUUGCCCAAAGUGCUCGUGAUAUCCAACGCAUUACAGGAGAGACGACGGCCGAAUUCGUCACCCGCUGCUGCGGCGGCGGAUGCUGCUUGAUGGGCGGCGCGAGACCAGCUGGCAUUCAAUACGAAAAAGUUACGGAGCCCGAUAACGACGCAUAUCGGUCCCUCGGCCUCAAGAUUGGCGACAUCCCGACCGCCCUGACCAAGCUGGCCGACCUCCCAGAGCAGACCAUCUCAUUCAGCUCGGUCCCCAAGCCGCUGAGCCCAUCUUCUCCCACAGAUUCUGCAAUCUCUCUGGAGCGCGACAACGAGAUUGACAGCACGAAACUCAACAAGAUUCCCCUCGAAAAGUUCAAGACUGUUGACACGACCAUUCAGCCACCGCGAUUCGUCCAGCCUCACCCUCCGUAUAAUGUCUUCCCCGCCAAGAUUCACACUGCGCGCGAGCUCACGAGGCCUGGUGCCGAGAAGCGCACCUACCACUUCGACCUGGAUAUCACAGAUUAUCCUGAAGAGGAAGACAGUGAUUUCAAGGUUGGCGGCGCCAUUGGCGUCAUGGCCCCCAACUCUCAGGCGGUUGUCGAGGAUGUCUUGGAUGCCCUCAUGGUGCCACGCUUCCUUAGAGACAAGCCUGUGCUGAUGAAGACGACCAAGGGCCGUUGGCCUACCGUCUGGGGAGACGACAAGCCCCGUGAGCUCGUCACGACUCGCCGGGAUUUGCUCACCUGGUGUGCAGACCUCCAGUCAUACCCCCCCACCAAGCCACUGCUGCGAGUAUUGGCCGAGCACGCUGCCGCAGACAACGAAAAGAAGAUUCUCAGCUUCCUUUGUGCCGCUGAAGGACAGGGUGCUUUCUGCGAUUUCCGAUCUGGUCCUAGCAUUUCCAUUUCUCAGUUGUUGCAUGCCUUCCCCAGCGCCCACCCACCCAUGGACGAGCUGCUAUCAGCCCUGCAGCAGCUCAUGCCUCGCUUCUAUUCUCUUUCCAAUGACCCUCACGAUACGUUCCAGAGGGGCGACCAGAAGCAGCAUCGCCUGAUUGAGAUCGCCGUCACGGUUCAUGAGACUGGAGACUGGCGCGAGGGAGCUCGAACGGGCGUGGGCUCCGGCUUCUUUGAGCGACAGGCCCGCAAGUUCAUCAAGGCCCAAGAGGCCGGUGAGAAAACGGAAUUCUACAUUCCCAUGUUCAAGGGCCUGAUGGCGAACCCAUUGGCCAAGCAGUUCAACGCCGAAGGACCCAUGCUCCUGAUUGGAGCCGGCGUGGGCAUUGCCCCUUUCCGAGGCUUCGUGCAGCGACGCCUGAAGCAGGCCAACUGCGCCAACAAGGUGUGGGUGCUGCAGGGCAUUCGAGACUCGCUGGUAGAUGAGAUCUACAGUGGCGAGUGGGGUGUCCACGAAGACGAGGUGAAGAAGGUGGUGCAGAGCCGCCGCGGCGAGGGCAGAUACGUGCAAGAGGAAGUCCGAAACCAGUCCGACCUCGUGUGGAGCAUCGUCAACGCUGUGGAUGGCCGCAUCUUUGUAUGCGGCAGCUCCAAGGGCAUGGGCGAGGGCGUUGAGGAGGCCCUUGUGGACGUGGCCAUGGCCAAGGGCAACCUUGAGCGCGAAGAAGCUCGGAACUUCUGGCAGCUCAAGAAGGAGGCUGGUCAGUAUAUUGCCGAGACAUGGUGA